AUGUACCACGCAGAAAGCUUCGCCGAGAAUGGUUUUAUGGUAUAUUUGAUAGGGUAUGGAGGGUCCAAACCUAUACCGGCUUUGGAACGUCUACCCAAAGUCGAACUUCGCUACUUACCUGAACCACCAGCAAUUCUCCGUUCUUUGCCAUUUGUGCUCCUCGCUCCUUUCAAGAUCAUUCACCAAGUCUCGUCCAUCCUGCGUGAACUACUUAUCUCUGUUGGUGAACCCCCAGAGUAUAUACUCGUGCAAAACCCCCCUAGUAUACCAACGCUUGCGGUAGUAUGGCUUAUUGGUAGGAUCCGAGGAUGCAAAGUUAUCAUUGAUUGGCAUAAUCUGGGAUAUAGUAUACUCGAGCUCAAGCUGCCGAAAACACAUAUAUAUGUGAAGAUUGCAAAAUGGUUCGAGGUAACCUUUGGGAGAGUAGCGUAUGCCCAUAUAUUCGUGACAGAAGCAAUGCGGAAUUUUCUAGUUCAAGAAUGGGAUUUAAUUGGAGAAAAGGUCGUCCUUCAUGACCGUCCUCCUAAACAUUUCCAUCGUUGUUCUGCUCAAGAGAUUCACGAUCUUUUCGUCAGGCUUCAGGCACCCAUCUCCCAGUACAAAUCUUUACAAGACUUUUUACCCGAUUCAACACCACCAUUUUCCACCCUUUUGACUGACCGAAAACCGCUAUCGGAUGCGUCGCCCACUCCUACCCCAGCUCACGUUAGAGAUCCUAUUUCAGCAACCGCGCUGACCUAUGAGAAUAUUCAACCCCCUCGGCUGAGGCCUGAUCGACCCGCCUUGGUCGUUUCAAGUACUUCUUGGACGCCCGAUGAAGAUUUUGGUAUUCUGCUGGACGCGCUGAACCAGUAUGAGAAAAGGGCUCGGGAACUCUCCGAGGCCGCAAAUGCAAAGAAAUUACCGAAACUCUUGAUGGUCGUAACAGGGAAGGGACCGCAGCGAGAAGAGUAUAUGAAAAAAAUUAACCGUUUGCAGGCUGAUUGGCAUUGGGUAAGAUGUAUAAGUUUAUGGCUGGAGGCUGAGGAUUAUCCAACAUUCCUCGGUUCUGCUGACUUGGGCGUGUCAUUGCAUUCCAGCUCCUCUGGGAGAGAUCUUCCAAUGAAAGUAGUGGACAUGUUCGGAUGUGGGCUCCCCGUUUGCGCGUUGAACUUCGACUGCCUUCCCGAACUUGUCAAGGAUGGGAAGAAUGGGCUCAUUUUCAAUAACUCAAACGAGCUAACUCAACAGCUUGAGUUGCUCUUGACGUCCUUCCCUUCUUCGGAGCGUUUGAACGAGUUAGGCUUAUCCCUCCGUCAAGCAACAAGCACUCCAGGAGUUAGCCAUUUCUCACAAAAUGAAGAAUGGUGCUCGUGGGAUGAGAAUUGGAAUAUACAUCUAAAGCCGAUCAUUUUGCGUGGAAUACGGGUAUGA